AUGGAGGAGGAUACCAUCGCGCAUGCCACGACAGCAAACGAACCCCCCAAGCCCCCGCUGAGGAAAGAUGAGAAAUCCGCCUACUGUUGCCCCUCAUUCCCCUCUACGCCAGUGCCGCAAACGCACGAUGCAAAAAUCAACAUGAAAAGGAUGUAA